CACUGAUGGCGCUGAUAGGCGGCACUGACUGCCACUGAGAGGUGGCACUGAUUGGCAGCACUGAUAGGUGACACUGAAAGCCAGCUCAGAUGGGCACUGAUAUGUGGCAUUGAUGUGCACUGGUAGGCAGUAAUAUGUGGCAUUGAUGUGGCACUGAUGGGCACUGGCAGGUGGCACUGCUGGGGCUACACUGAUCAUCAUGGCACACUGAUCAUCAGUGCCCUGAUGAUCACUGUCAUUGUGACAGCUGGUGAGGAAAGAAAUGCCGAUAAGCGGCAUUUCCCUAUUUACAUGCGAUCAGCUGUGAUUGGA